AUCGAGCAACAUUGGGAUCAGGCAGCAGCCAGGAGCAGGCUUUGAAGUUUAAACUUUACGCGCCGUGAACCUGCAAGACGAAAAAUGUGCACAAAUCGCACGAUCUUGCUACGUGAUGGCAUCAGCCAACGUUUAUGAUCACCGAUAGUGUUACAAAUAGUUCCCUUAUCCGAUGAAAAUCACCGUACAUCGCGAGAAGUGACCGAACCGUCAGUCGUUCUAGUUUCCACGCUCUUUUGAAGAUGGCAUCGUUUCGUCAGACCGAAGAACGUAAUGUUUCCGGAGAGGUAGACUUGAUGCUGUGGUCGCCCAAACUGGAUCUGAUAGCCCUGGCGUUGGUACAGGGCCAAGUAGCCCUGCACCGCCUUUCGCGUAAGAGAGUCUGGCUUCGCGCCCCACCCGGGGGCAAAGAACAGAACAAGGUCAAGAGCCUGGCUUGGAGACCAGACGGCAAAAUUUUGGCCAUCGCCUAUGACACAGGGACCAUAAUACUCUGCAACGUUGAGAACGCCGACAUCAUUCACACGAUUGAGGUUGGGUCCUGCAUCAGCACACUCACUUGGGCUUCAGACGACUCGUCCGCGACCAAUGGCGAACCCAGAUCGGACAUCUACAAGGACGUUUCCAAGACCUACCUUCCCAACCUGCCGAGUCUGAACAAGACUUACAGUGCCUCUUCGGCCAACAAAAACACCGACGAAAAUGUGGACGAUUCAAAGAUGUUGAAGUACCAGGACGACUUCAACGUGCUGGUGGCUGGGACUGUCAACGGACGAGUGCUCUUGUACGCGUAUGGAGUUCUUCUGUGCGCAGAAUUCGAAACUCAAGUAGCUGGCUAUGUCAGAGACCACACUAAGCAAAUUGUCUCUGCCCUUCUUUCCAACAGGCUGGGCAGACUAACUCUUGUGGUUGAAUCAAAGCGCAGCAUUGGAAAGUGUCUUUAUUUGCAAAGUUACAAUCUGGCAACCCUUCGGGACAAGUCACAAGAACUCCAGGUUGUGGCAUUGAAGUACGGGCAGACUGCGUCACUCUUGGGCUAUCUCACAGCCACGGUUGGUGCCAUCAGGGAAGUCUGGGAAGACAUCUUGCUUGAAAUAGACUCCAAGUUGGUUAACUAUGCUCAAGAGAAGCAUCGCACGUCUAGUGGUACCGUUAGCGACGACUUGCUGGAGCUGUUGAUGUUUGGGACGCCAUCCGAUGCACUAGAGAAAUUCCUUCGCCACGAUCUUACAGAGAAGGGACUCAAGAAACUGGGUCACUCCAUCGACCUCUGCUACUGCAACAUUCAGAAUUAUGUCCUGAAGCACCUGCAGACUGUCACCGAGGCACUGUACUUCCACUUCUGCGACCUCCGAGGCAUGGCACGCUGGGAGGAGAGGUUCGGCACAAUCGGGCUGUCCGAAGCCGCCGUCGCCAAUGUGCUUCAGUGUACUGGUGCCUUCUUGAUGAAGCUCAUGGAACUGCUGCAAGUCAUCGACUCGAGCAUGAGGAACUUCAGAGCUUUCUUCCGCUGGCUGUACGCAGUCAUCUUGAGGCUGUCCGACGAUCCCGUGCCCGCGGGGGUUACGCACGCUACGCAGCAGGACAUCAACUUCGUGGCGGAAUUCCUCAAAGAAAACUUUGCAGUAGAGUGGGACGAAGCAAACCGGUCUUCGUUUAGUCUGGAGAGGGUUGGCCAGUACCUAAAAGAUGAACCACUGACAUUUCAGGUCCAGAACAAUGUCUGGUGCCAGUUUCUAGAGGCCAACCCAGGAAUCAAGAACAGCGGCCUUCUGGUUCCUCAUAACCUGGACAGGUCGCUCGUCCAAGAGCACAGUCACCUCGAGAAGGCUGUUGGAGCGGCGUUUGUGGGUCCAGCCGACGCAUUGGGCCGCUGCACUGUCAAGGAAUUGCAGACGACGCUGGCAGCAACUCAGCAUGAAUGUCCGUCGGCCGUGUCUCACUCGGUGUCCACAAAGGGGCAAUGCGUGUACACCUCGUUUGUUCCAAAUCUUGGAACCGGAAGAGACAUCUACAUAGUCAGGCACCUGGUUUCCACGAACGAGUUGGGUGCAGCGCGGCUCUUCUUCGACCGCUUCCCCGACGCGCCGCCGGACGAGCCGAGGAAGCACAUCGUUCUCGAUGCGCAGUUUUACAACGAGGAAAUAUUGUCGGUCCUGCUCUCGGAAGAAAGCGCGGAAGGCACCCCGGGCAGGUCCACCUUGGUCCAGUUGCCCCUGAAAAACGUCCAGAGCCAUUUCCUGCCAAUGGCAUUGGACGACGUGCUGACCGACUUGAACUUGUGUGCGGUGGACGCGGCCAGGUUUCUGGACAAGAUGAACUUCAGGUGCCUGGAGAACAUGCGGGCAGCUUCGUUUGCAGUCAGUGGGGCGAGGCACGUCGUCUGCGUGCUGUUCCAGUCCAGGCGGAGGGUCCGCACGUUUGAGAUGGACGUCCAAGAGGAGGAAGGCGAGGACGAAGACAGUCUCUGUAGAGACAAGGACAUGACGUACCUUCAGGACGAAGACAAGGAGAACAGCUUUUGAUUCCCGUCCUGGAGCUCCAGGAGUGUGGGGGAAGGGUCUUUAAUUGUGCAGAUUUUGUGUUUCAAGUGCGACACAGUAAAAACUUCCGUGAACCGAAAAAAA